CAUUGGGGUGUCAUCUGCUACUAACUCAGGAGAGCAGCUGGGAAGAAAAAAGGGCACCCCAAACUCAGCAACUUUCUAACACCUCUCCUCCCAAACAGUGUCAAGUCAAAGAAACUUAGGGUAAUUCCUUACCAUGCUUUUGACUGCAAUAAAUCCACAAUCACUCUCUACUCCAAGCUGGAAAAUUGAGACCAGGUAUUCAACCAAAGUGCUCACUGGAAAUUGGGUGGAAGAGAGGAGGAAGUUUGCUGGAGUCACUGAGACACCCCAGUCCAUUCACAGAAAAGAUUACAUCCCCUUCCCAGGCCGCAGACCGGACCAGGUGUCCAGGUGGUACGGGAAGAAGAAAAUCGAGGGGCUUCCCUACAAACACCUGAUCACCCACCACCAGGAGCCCUCCUACCGCCAUCUGAUCAGCACGUAUGAUGACCAUUACAACCGACACAACUACAACCCGGGCCUGCCUCCCCUCCGCACCUGGAACAGGAACAAGUUGCUGUGGUUACCGGAGAAGGCCGACUUCCCCCUUCUUGCACCCCCUACAAAUUACGGACUCUAUGAGCAGCUGAAGCAGAGAUGGCGUACAUCCAGGGCUGGCCCCGGGGAGAGCACUUACACUCUGUCCUACCCCAGACCACCGCUGUGGGCCAUGUCCCAGCGGGAGCAUGCGAUCCCGGUUCCUCCCCAUCGCCUGCACCCUGUCCCAAGCUUCUGAGAGCUGCCACCUGAUCAGCAGCUCAGGCAGAACCAACUGGAGACCCACAGCAUCCCUGGACCUGCCAGACAGCAAGCGGCUGCAGAGAAACUCCUAAGACUGAACCCGCCCGCCAGCGGGGCCCUUAGCAUCAUGAUUUAUAAUCUACAGUAUC